UUUUGUUUAAUAUCAUGUACCUUAUACGUUUUAAUAAUCCAUGUUUAAACUUGUAUAAAUAUUUUUAUAUCUCUCCAGUCACCUGAUUACACAUUAUCGCAGCAGUACUGUAGUCUCUCAAACUGUCGAAAAACUCAAAAAUACCUCUCCAUACAUAAUUUUUUGUCAUUCUCAAACUGAUUUUCGCAAUGCCAGCUGAUGGCGAGACCAAUUCCACCCAAAACCUGCACACUGCAGAGGAAUCACUCACUACCAUAACUCAGCCAAAAUCACCUGUAAAAGUCAAUAUCGACACGGUUCAUCCAGUAGUUAACGGAGAUCCGCAGAAUUUUUCGGAAUACCCAGAACUAAAGAAACAGGACCCCGAAGCCUCUCUUAAGAAUUAUGACACGAAUUCCACCGAUAAUCAUGUAAGCUCCGGUGAACUCAAUGUAACAAAUAACGUAAACCACUCCCAAGCAACUCCACAACAAAAUGAACAAAACUUAACAAAUGAAACUGAUUCAUAUGAUCAAGGCCAGGCCCAAGAACAGGAUUAUCUGUACAGUAACCCGGCCAACACCACCCUGCUACAUAAGAUUCUCAACGAAGGCGGCUGUAUUGACGAGAUUCUAGCAAUGUCAAGGACCGGCGUCAACGUAAAAUUCAAGAAAUCUGAAAUUAAAAAGAUUGUCGAGGCUGUAGACCAGCCUAAGAUCCUCGUAGGACAGUCUAAACCAUACCAAAUUGAAGGUCUUAAGUGGCUUGUAGGUCUCUAUGUCAAGGGCCUGAAUGGAAUCUUGGCAGAUGAAAUGGGACUCGGUAAAACCUUCCAAACCAUUAGCUUUCUUGCGUACUUGAAGGAAACUUUCAGUGUACACGGACCACAUAUGGUCUUAGCGCCAAAAUCCACCAUUGGUAACUGGAUAUCUGAAAUUCACAGAUUCUGCCCCUCACUCAGAGUACUCAAGUUUAUCGGAAACAAAGAAGAAAGAGCUCAACUUAUUGCCUACGAACUGGAUCCCGAGAAGUAUGACAUCUUCGUUACCUCCUACGAAACUUGCUGCAAAGCCAAAGGACCUCUAGGAAAAUUGGAUUGGAAGUAUUUGAUAAUUGACGAGGCGCACAGGAUAAAGAACGAGGAGUCGAAGCUUAGUGAGGUCGUCAGGCUGUUUAAGACUGAGUAUCGACUAUUGAUAACCGGCACUCCUCUACAGAAUAACCUGAAGGAGUUAUGGGCGCUUUUGAACUUUCUGUUCCCGGUAGUUUUCUCUUCAUCUGAGGAGUUUGAAACUGUUUUCGACCUCGUGGGACCUAAGGAAUUAACUCCCGAAGAACGAGAGUCUAGGAACUUACAAAUUGUAGCAAGACUUCAUGGAAUUUUGAGGCCGUUUAUGCUAAGAAGGUCGAAGAAAGAUGUGCUCAGUGACAUGCCCCCGAAAAACGAACUACUCCUAAUGGUACCACUUUCCGCAAUGCAAAAACAACUUUACCGCGAUUUACUACGGAAAAACGUACCAGAACUUGGCACAGACGAUAGCACAAAGUCAGGAAUACACGUGCAAUUACUUAAUUUGGCGAUGCAGCUUAGAAAGGCGUGUAAUCAUCCGUACUUGUUUGAGGGCUAUGAGGACAGAAACGAGGACCCGUUUGGGGAACAUGUGGUCCAAAACUCUGGAAAGCUAUGCUUAGUGGACAAGCUUAUCCCGAGAUUACUUGGAAACAGUAGCAGGAUACUGAUAUUCUCACAAAUGGCGAGGAUGCUUGAUAUUCUAGAAGACUACUGCAGGAUGAGGAAUUACCUUUACUUCAGAAUUGACGGGAACACCAGCGGUGAGGACAGAGAUUACCAAAUUUCAAGCUUUAACCACCCGGAGAGUAAAGUUAACAUUUUUCUCCUGAGUACCAGGGCCGGAGGACUUGGAAUUAACCUCGCAACAGCAGACGUGGUAAUCCUCUAUGACUCCGACUGGAACCCGCAAGUAGACCUCCAAGCAAUCGACAGAGCUCACCGUAUCGGUCAAUUAAAACCAGUCUACGUCUAUAGGUUGGUGCACCAGUAUACGAUUGAGGAGAAGAUAAUUGAGCGUGCUACGCUGAAGUUACAACUUGACACGGCUGUGAUUCAGCAUGGGAGAUUAGCCCAGAAGGAGCUUCUGCAGAUGGUACAGUACGGCGCUGGGCAUAUUUUCAAGGCGGGCGUCGAAGCCAUCACAGAUGAAGAUUUGGACGUGAUUUUGAGCAAAGGCCAAGAGAGAGCUGAUUUAAUGAACCAGAAACUCAUCUCAAACACCAAGAAACACCUGCUGGACUUUAGCACGUCAACCAGCAGUAACAUCUACGAGUACCUGGAAGACGACGAAAACGAAGAAGACAAAGAAGCCUGGAGUAAACUCGAGGCCCUAAAGGUACAAAACGAAGCACUUAUCGAACGCGAAUCCAGAAGAAAACUCAGAAUUGCAAAGGAACAAAUGGAACUCUACACCACCAACAAAUCCGACAAACCUCUACUCCUCCCCGAAUAUCAAUUUUUUGAUAAUGUGUCGUUGUUGGCGUUGAAUAAGAAGGAGAUUGAGAUUGGACUUACUGAGGAGGAACAACAGCAGAAAGACGAACUUUUGUCCAAGGGAUUCUCAAACUGGUCCCGAAAAGAUUUCAACAACUUCAUCAAGGCGAAUGUGAUGUAUAGUAGGUAUGACAUUAACUCGAUAGCUUCGUUUAUUGAGGGGAAGACGUACGAGGAGGUUGAGCAGUAUAGCAAGACCUUUUGGCAAAAGUAUAACACGCUUCCAGACUGGGCCAAGUACAUCAAGAAAAUAGAACAAGGAGAAGAGAAUCUACUAAAAAUACAUCAAUUACAUCAGACGAUUGUGAAUAAGCAAAAACAGUUAAAGAACCCGUGGGUUGGCACGGAAGUUCUCUUCUCAGCACACCGCGGGAAGUCCAUCUUCUCAGAAGACGAAGACAGAUUCCUCAUGAACAUCAUUUCACUCUUCGGAUAUGAGAAGUGGAGUGUAUUGUUGGAGUUGAUUCGGCUGGAUCCGAAAUUUCAGUUUAACUUGUUCUUCAGGUCCAGAAACGCCCUGGAUAUUUCCAAACGAGCCGAUUACAUAAUCAAACACAUCUCCAAAGAGGCAUCGAAGGUGGGAGCUGGUGAGCGUCCUUCGAAGCGGGGCAGGAAGGAUCAUUCGACGCCGGUGUCGACCCCAGUCAACAACUAGUCUAAAUUUUUAUUUUUUAAAUUUUUAUAAAUUUACUUU